GAACCAACUUACAAUAUGAGGUCUCCGUCACGUAUCACGUUGAGAGGACUAGAUUCCAAGAGCUCAAAGUCAUCCAAAAGUAGAGUUACAUCUUGUGCUACAAUGUCAGCUUCACGAAGAGCCUGAACAUCGGCACAGAUGUUCUGCUUGAGCUCAAGUAUGGACGUCUCAGAUUUCGGGCAGAACCAGGCUUUGAAGAAAGGAAGUGAAGGCGAGCUUUGAAGUCUGAUUCGCAUUAUUGAAAUAUUCCGGUUCCAGAGCAAAAGUGACUGAAAAGCGGAGAGGAAAGACAACGAAGAUGAAGGUAGGAGACAAGUCUUGCCGCUGAGCCACUCGCAAGUUGUGCCGCAACUCAAUCAAUCGCCGAUGCCUGCGAUGUUCCUGUGGCCCAUGUUCACCCACAUCUUCUUUCAUCAGCUCUUGUCUUGACCACCAUCUUCACCUGUUGGUUGAUUCUUGAAGUGGUUGGUCGAACAGGUAUCAAGAGGACUACUGCAAUUACCAUGUCAGUCGGUAUACUGACGGUCAAAACUGCGACGCUCAAAGUGUCUCUUCCUCGGAGGAAGCUCAUAUCACGACAACACCUCAGAAAGUAUUCUUGGUUGCCAGAUGUACUCCGUUUGCAGGGCAGCAUUGUCCCUCGUAUCUUCGGUCCUGUCAUGACCGUCACCCUCUUCGCAACUGCUGUCGCGUACGCUUUCUCUCGAGGGAUCAAUAUCACACUUUCGAACUCUGUUGUUCCCCUCUUCUCUGUCGUUAUCGGGCUCAUACUGGUAUUCAGGAACGGUACCUCCUACGAUCGUUACUAUGAAGGCAGAAAGGACUUCGGUACCAUGAUAUCUCAUAUACGCAAUCUGUCACGUCUCAUCUGGAUUAACGUUGCCGUUCCUCCCAUUGACGACAACUCCAAAGGCAAACUUCCUGCUGCGAGCCUCUCUGCAACGCAGUUGAGGCGGAAGAAAGUAGAAGCCCUCAAGCUCGGUAUCUGCUUUGCUUUCGCGUGCAAGCAUUACCUCCGUGGCGAGGAUGGUCUCGACUGGGUUGACUAUACCGGUCUCAUUCCUGCCUCGCUCAUGCGAUUAGCUGCCCAGGGUCCGGCUUCCCGCAAGACAUCUACAUGGACCUCUUACUCGGCGACUGCCCAAACGUCUCGAAGCAACUCGAGGGCUGAAAGCGGGGACGAGGUGGAAGGGUCAUCUGCUGAUGCCGAAAUCCGGCGGGCAGAUGCCACCAAGCGCAUCCGGGUGAAAAGGAGCAAGGACAGACUGAAGCAGCCUGGUGUUAAAUCGCCUACAAUGCCAUUGCUGAGCUCCUUGCAUCAGACCAUCGACUUUAACACCGAUCCUGACAUGUUGUCUACACCUUUACCUCUUGUGAUAGCUCACGAGCUCUCGCACGUUAUUUUCACAUUCAAGAAGGAAGGUUAUCUUGAGACUGUCGGUCCAGCCGGUACUAACUCACUAAAUUCAUUGGUGCAAGGAAUGGUAGACAUGCUGACAGCGAUGGAACGUGUCGCCAACACCCCCAUUCCGAGAUCAUAUAGCAUCCACUUGAAGCAAACCGUUACAUUGUACCUCUUCGCUCUCCCGUUCACACUUGUCAAGGAACUCAGCUGGGGAAUGGUACCCCUCGUCACGGUCGUAGCGUUCACAUUAAUGGGUAUCGAGGGCAUCGCGGAUGAGAUUGAGAUGCCUUUCGGCUUGGACAAGUUUGAUCUUCCGCUAGAGCGCUACUGUGAUGAUUUGCGAGAGGAAGUUGAGUACAUGGUGGAGAGACUACCAGAAGGGGGCGAAGGCAUGUACGGUUUAGACGAUGGCGCUGGAGAUGACUGACAAUAUUACGGUGACGUAUGAUGAAAAACAUUUACGAACUUGACGACUUUUGACGACCACAAUGUUUGAUAUCUGGAUACUUAUGUGCAUUGUUAUACCCUGCGAUACAUUGCGACAUACUCAGGCCGAUCUGAUUUCUGUCCAAUAAUUACUCUCCAGGAGCAAAGCACCUUGAACAUACCAUAUACACUGCAGAAUAGUAAUAGAAAAGCAUGAGAAGACCAAGGACCUACACAUUAUUGCGUACUAAAAUAUUCACUUCUCUCAGUGCACAGUUUGUUCAUCCGCUGC